CCGCCCCCUCCCUCGCCUCUUCCUGCCCAGCCGGCCCUUUCCCCUCCCCUCGGCGCUCCCCCGCCCCGCUCCCUCCGCCCUCCCAGGGCUCCGGCGGCGGCUGAGUGAACGGGACCGCCCGGCCGCAGAGCGCGGGGUGGCGGGUGGGACGCGGGUGCCUGGUGGAGUUGUUCCGGCAGCGCCGGCGGAGACGUGAGGAGUUUGGCCAGGUGAAUGUGGGAAAGAGAAGUUCUCAGAAUUGAAAUGGAGGUCAGAGCUUCACUACAGAAGGUUAGUGGGUCAUCUGAUUCUGUGGCUACACUGAACAGUGAAGAAUUUGUUUUGGUUCCUCAGCACACAGAUGAUACUUCUACAAAAGAUGAUGAGAAACCUCAACUGAAGAUAGUUUCUAAUGGUGAUGAACAACUGGAAAAAGCCAUGGAAGAAAUUUUGAGAGAUUCUGAGAAGGGGCAAAGCAGUCUUGACUGUCAAAGUUCCAGUGAGAUUUCAGACCAUUCAUUUGGAGAUAUUCCAGCCAGCCAAACAAAUACACCAUCUCUUCAGUUAAUUUUGGAUCCAUCUAACACAGAAAUUUCGACACCCAGACCAUCUUCUCCAACUGGACUAUCUGAAGAAGAUAGUGUUUUAUUUAAUAAACUGACUUACUUAGGAUGUAUGAAGGUUUCUUCCCCACGUAAUGAAGUGGAGGCUUUACGGGCAAUGGCAACCAUGAGAUCGUCCAGUCAGUACCCCUUUCCUGUUACUUUGUAUGUGCCAAAUGUUCCAGAAGGUUCUGUGAGAAUCAUAGACCAAUCCAGCAAUGUGGAGAUAGCAUCUUUCCCGAUCUAUAAAGUGUUAUUCUGUGCCCGUGGACACGAUGGGACAACAGAGAGCAAUUGCUUUGCAUUUACAGAGAGUUCUCAUGGUUCAGAAGAAUUUCAGAUACAUGUUUUUUCCUGUGAAAUUAAAGAGGCAGUAAGCAGAAUUUUAUAUAGUUUCUGUACAGCAUUCAAACGUUCUUCCAGACAAGUGUCUGAUGUUAAAGACUCGAUUAUUCCUACCCCCGACAGUGAUGUGUUUACCUUUGGUGUCUCCUUGGAGGUAAAAGAAGAUGAUGGAAAAGGAAACUUUAGCCCUGUGCCAAAGGAUAGAGAUAAAUUUUAUUUCAAAUUAAAGCAAGGAAUAGAGAAGAAGGUUGUAAUUACAGUGCAGCAACUUUCUAACAAAGAAUUAGCUAUUGAAAGAUGUUUUGGAAUGUUGUUAAGCCCAGGUCGAAACGUGAAGAACAGUGACAUGCAUUUACUGGAUAUGGAAUCGAUGGGAAAGAGCCAUGAUGGGAGAGCUUAUGUUAUUACUGGCAUGUGGAACCCUAAUGCACCAGUGUUUUUGGCACUAAAUGAAGAAACCCCAAAAGAUAAGCGUGUGUACAUGACGGUGGCAGUGGAUAUGGUGGUCACAGAGGUGGUGGAGCCUGUCCGUUUCCUCCUGGAGGCAGUGGCACGUGUGUACCCUGCAAACGAACGUUUUUGGUAUUUCAGCAGAAAGACUUUCACGGAGACUUUCUUCAUGAGGCUGAAACAGUCUGAGGGAAAAGGCCAUACCAGUGCUGGAGAUGUGAUAUAUGAGGUGGUGAGUCUACAGCGGGAGUCUGACAAGGAGGAACCCAUCACUCCUACUAGUGGAGGGGGUCCCUUGUCACCCCAGGAGGAUGAAGCCGAAGAGGAGAGUGAUAAUGAACUCUCGAGUGGAACAGGUGAUGUGUCUAAGGAUUGUCCUGAGAAGAUUCUGUACUCUUGGGGAGAAUUGCUAGGAAGAUGGCACAAUAACCUUGGUGCACGACCAAAAGGGCUACUCACUUUGGUGAAGAGUGGUGUUCCUGAAGCAUUGAGGGCAGAAGUAUGGCAGCUGUUAGCGGGCUGCCAUGACAACCAGGCGAUGCUGGACAAAUACCGAAUUCUUAUCACAAAGGACUCAGCCCAGGAGAGUGUUAUUACUCGAGAUAUUCAUCGUACUUUUCCUGCUCAUGAUUACUUCAAGGACACAGGAGGAGAUGGUCAGGAAUCGCUUUACAAGAUCUGCAAGGCCUACUCUGUGUAUGAUGAAGACAUUGGAUACUGUCAAGGACAGUCUUUCCUUGCUGCUGUAUUGCUGCUGCAUAUGCCAGAGGAGCAAGCUUUCUGUGUUUUGGUGAAAAUCAUGUAUGACUAUAAUUUGCGAGACCUCUACAAAAACAACUUUGAAGACCUUCAUUGCAAAUUCUAUCAGUUGGAAAGACUAAUGCAGGAACAGCUCCCAGACCUGCACAGCCAUUUUUGUGAUCUGAACCUGGAGGCUCAUAUGUAUGCAUCCCAGUGGUUCCUCACUCUCUUUACUGCCAAGUUUCCGCUCUGUAUGGUGUUCCACAUCAUUGACCUGCUGCUCUGUGAGGGUUUGAACAUAAUCUUUCAUGUUGCCUUGGCUCUCCUAAAGACCUCAAAGGAAGAUCUUCUACAGGCUGAUUUUGAAGGUGCUUUAAAGUUCUUCAGAGUUCAGCUUCCAAAGAGAUACAGGGCAGAGGAAAAUGCGAGAAGACUGAUGGAGCAGGCUUGCAAUAUUAAAGUACCAACCAAAAAGCUGAAAAAAUAUGAAAAAGAAUAUCAGACAAUGCGAGAGAGUCAACUGCAGCAGGAAGACCCAAUGGAUAGAUACAAGUUUGUAUAUUUGUAGGUAACUCCAGCUGUUGCAUUUAUACUGGAAAUCUUCAUAAGAAGCUGAGAGAAAGGGAAAAAGAAAAUGAGAAAGUGGCUUUCUACUUUCAAAAAUGAGAAAAAAAGGAAAAUGGCAAAGUACUGUUUUAGCUGUGCAUGAUCACUUCCUCAGAGACUUUUAGAAGGUGAACUGUUGCAAGACUGGCACAAGGAUGUUUCAAACUUAUUUCUGCCUGUAGCAAAUGUUAAAAAGACAGACUUACUUGGAAGGAAAAAUAAAAAACCACAAAGGUACCUCAAGCCCAGUAA